AUGCCCCGCCUCCCAGUAGAUCCCCCGGAGACGCCGACGCCAUCCUCCAAGAUGUCACGAAAUAACAAGAAGAAGAAGAGGGUCAGUGAUCUACAGGGAGGGGCGGAGGAAGAGGAGGCGCUCUUAGGGGGGUCAGUGCUGGGUGGAGAGGCGGCCGAGGAAGAUCAUUCGAAGCCACGCAUCAGUCCAAAGUCAAAGGGACGGAUAGUGCCACUACAACCGACUUCAUCAAAAUCAUCAUACCCAGCAAAUGUGGUCAGAAAUCAAAAAUACUCCAUCAUCACCUUCCUCCCACUCGUCUUUUACGAGCAGUUCAAGUUCUUCUUCAACUUCUACUUUCUUGUCGUCGCCCUCUCCCAAUUUAUCCCUGCCCUCAAGAUCGGUUACAUCGUGACCUAUGUUGCACCUCUAGCAUUUGUGCUGGCAGUGACGAUGGGAAAGGAGGCAUACGACGACUAUCUGCGGUUCAAGAGAGAUCAAGAGGCAAACUCAACCCGAUAUCUCGUCCUCCUCCCCCAGCCGCCCACUCCUGAACCCAAUCAAUUCACUCUCGACGACGAAACUCCCAGCCAUCAUCACCUCCCUCGUCCCCAAACACGAUCUACUCCAGCUUCGAGUAUCAAAGUCGGCGACAUGGUGCUCCUCGAGAAGAACCAGCGUGUACCUGCCGAUAUGGUCCUCCUCACAACGAGCGAGGAAGAAGGCACCUGCUUCAUCCGAACCGACCAGCUGGACGGAGAGACGGAUUGGAAGCUCAAAGUCGCUGUGGGCGAGACACAAAAGACGGGCGAGGCGUUUGUGGGCAGCGCCGAGGGAUUCCUCUAUGCCGAUCCGCCUAUCAAGGACAUUCACACUUUCUAUGGUAUCCUGACGCUGAGGUCGAUGGGGCCAGGAGAGGUGGAUGAGGCAGAAAUCCCACUCUCUGUGGAAAAUGUGCUUUGGGCGAAUACGGUGUUGGCGGCGGGGUCUGCCGUCGGAGUUGUCACGUAUACGGGGAAAGAGACGAGGGCCGUCAUGAAUACGAGCGAAGCUGGGACAAAGAUGGGGACGUUGGAGAAGGAAGUAAACAGGAUGGCAAAGAUUCUCUGUACGGUCACAUUCGCCCUUUCUCUCUUCCUGGUCGCCUUGAACGGCUUUCGCGGACAGUGGUACAUCUACGUCUUUCGCUUCCUCAUCCUCUUCUCAUCCAUCAUCCCCAUCUCCCUACGUGUCAAUCUCGACAUGGGCAAGACGGUGUAUGCGCACCAAAUACAUACCGAUAAAGAGAUUGAGGGUACAGUGGUGAGGACUGGAACAUUGCCGGAAGAGCUGGGGAGAGUGGAGUAUCUGUUGAGCGACAAGACGGGGACUUUAACGAGAAAUGAGAUGGAGCUGAAGAAGCUGCACAUGGGCACGCUGGUCUUCGGAUUCGAUUCCAUGGAUGAAGUAGCGCAUCUUUUAACUGCUGGUUUGGAUGAAGCAAGCGGAAGCCAUGGUAGGCAAGGCUCAUUGCCCAGUGCGGGGAUAAGAGGUAGAAGGGAUAUGACAGGCCGAGUUCGCGACGCCGUCAUGGCUCUCGCCACAUGCCAUAACGUCACACCCGUGUUGAACGACGACGGCACGACGACCUACCAAGCCUCUUCCCCCGACGAAGUCGCCAUCGUCGAAUGGACCCAGUCCGUCGGCCUCACCCUCACCCACCGCGACCGCACUUCCAUGACCCUCUCCACCCCCUCCGGCCAGACAUUCAAAUUCUCCAUCCUCGCCAUCUUCCCCUUCACCUCCGAAUCGAAACGCAUGGGCAUUAUCGUCCGAGACGAGCAGACGCAAGGGUAUCUCUUUGUGCAAAAGGGAGCAGAUGUUGUCAUGCGGGAUAUUGUGCAGAAGAAUGAUUGGUUAGAUGAGGAAUGUGGGAAUAUGGCAAGAGAGGGUCUGAGGACGCUUGUACUGGGCAGGAAGAAGUUGAGUGGGGAGGGAUAUGCGGCGUUUGACAAGGCGUACAAGGCGGCGCUGUUAGUGCCGGGAGAAGGAAGGGCGGUGCAGAUGGCCAAGGUGAUCUCGACGCAUUUGGAGUCGGACGUUGAGUUGCUGGCUCUGACAGGAGUUGAAGAUAAACUCCAGGAGGAUGUCAAGCCUACGCUGGAGCUGCUGAGGAAUGCCGGGUUGAAGAUCUGGAUGUUGACGGGGGACAAGAUUGAGACGGCUACGAAUAUUGCUGUCAGCAGUAAGCUUGUAGCAAGGGGACAGUAUAUUCAUCAGGUUGCCAAACUGAGGACGGCAGAUGAGGUUCGAGACAUGCUCGAUUUCUUGCAAACGAAACUGGAUUGCUGUCUUGUUAUUGAUGGUGAAUCACUCCAGCUUUGUCUCGACCGCUUCCGCACAGAAUUCAUCGUUCUCGCCACAAGGCUCCCAAUUGUUGUCGCCUGUCGAUGUUCACCGACGCAAAAGGCCGAUGUUGCUUUCUUGAUUCGAGAGUAUACAAAAAAGACGGUGUGCUGCAUCGGUGAUGGCGGUAACGAUGUCAGCAUGAUUCAGGCUGCUGAUGUUGGUGUGGGCAUUGUCGGCAAAGAAGGCAAACAGGCAUCCUUGGCUGCGGACUUUAGUAUCAAUCAGUUCUCACAUCUCACCAAGCUUUUGCUUUGGCACGGACGAAACUCGUACAAACGGUCUGCCAAGCUUUCGCAGUUUGUGAUUCAUCGAGGAUUGAUCAUUGCCGUCAUCCAAGCUGUCUUUAGCUCUAUCUUCUUCUUUGCCCCCAUCGCCCUCUACCAAGGAUGGCUGCAAGUUGGAUACGCCACGCUAUACACGAUGGCGCCCGUCUUCUCUUUGGUUCUCGAUAGGGAUGUCAAUGAAGACUUGGCGCUGCUCUACCCUGAGCUUUACAAGGAGCUCACGAAGGGACGCUCCUUGAGUUACAAGACCUUCUUCACGUGGCUUACCAUUAGUGUCUAUCAAGGUGGAAUCAUCAUGCUCCUCUCCCUUCUCCUCUUCGAAUCCGAGUUCCUGCACAUCGUCGCCAUUUCAUUCACAGCUUUGGUCAUCAAUGAGCUCAUCAUGGUCGCACUGGAAGUGACCACAUGGCAUAGCUACAUGGUAUUGAGUGAAGUGGGAACGGGAGUGGUGUACUUCGGAAGCAUGGCCUUCUUGCCAGAGUACUUUGACAUCGGCUUUGUACUCUCAAAGACAUUUGCGGUCAAGGUAGCCAUCAUCGUGGCGGUCUCGUCUUUCCCGCUGUAUGUCAUCAAGGCGGCUCAUCAGCGCUUGAAUCCAGCAGCAUACAAGAAGGUUGCGGGAUUAUGA